CCCCGCCUCGCCUUCUCCACCGUUGUCAGUCCCGCCUCGGAAGGCCUACCGUGCUGCUUCAGACGUGUGUGUGUGUCUCCGUCCCUUUUUCUUACAGCCUUGGCUGGAUUUCCCUCUGACAUCCACACGGGCGAAAUGGUUACUUCUGCGGCUCGUUUGUUCCUAGUUUCCUAGCCAUUCAGCCAAAAGCUUGAAGGAGGGUAGAAAGCUCACCUCCACCAGACCAGGGUCUCUCUCUCCUUUCUCUGCCCGUCCUUGUUUCCACAACUGCGGGUGCCGGUCUCGCUACCCCUCGACCUCAAGUCGUCUGCGGCCUCGCUACUCACCCCCCUCGCUUGCGGGACACUGCUUCGCGGUCGCGCUCCCACUCUCUGUCACAUAACACAGCGGCAAUCAAGAUACACUGCCUGGGAAGCCCUAAUCCGGAUCGUCACGAAAGUACUGGAUCUCUCGACCAGCUCAACUCGCCUUCGCCUCGCAGGCCCAUCCACCCAGGUCCACCUCAGCCCGCGAGCCUUGACCUCAUCUAGGGCCCUCCCCCUCCAGCUCGUGGCUAUUGGCUCUUUCUCUCUGGCUUCCUCCCCCGAAGGCAGCUGUAUCCGUACUCUUCGUGUUCUCUUGUUUGAGAUCGCAAACGCGUCUUGUUGGCUGUGCCCAUAACCCACCCUCCUCUCACUUCUCAACAUCAUUCUCCCUCUCACACGCUCAUACACGCACGUUCUCGCCUGUUAUACACCCUUAUCCCCGAGACAUUGCGUGGAGAAUUGCGCUCCAAGACAAAUCGCGAACCAGUGGAGAGGCUUCUCCCCCCCGAUGUCUCAAGUCAUCUUGGACACAAAGAGGACUUUGAGGUCCUUCCCGGCGCCCAGUUUCGCAAGCUGAUAGAUCUGUUUCGACCGCCCCCAAUCCCACCGUCUCCGCCGACUCCUUUCCCAAAUACCAGCAGCGCCCCUUGACAAGUCACGAACCGUCUUCUUUGUCGUGUCUAUCACUCGGACCGUCGACUUAGUCUCCUCAGCUACAGCAAAGUACUUGGCAAGCAAUUUCUCUACCUCUAGCUCUGCGUUUGGGAGCCAUUCCUUCUGCCAACUCCGACGAUCUGGGGCAGGAUACCGCUUCUCUUGGUAAUCGUCUCAUCAGUUGGUGACCCAUCCUGGUCCGAAAAUCCCUGGUAUUCUUCGGCCAGCUUCCGGAAUAUUUAGCCAGCAAUCCGCUAAACAGACAUCGGGACGAGUUUGGCUCACUGUUGCAUUCACCCUCACACACACUCUGACACGUAACAACUGUCAAGUCUUGACGACCCACGCCGCGAUUCGUGCUUCAGCAUCCUCCGAAAGGCAUUUAUCUCUGGUUUUUCAAGGGGCUGCACACUUCCCAAACACGCUCGCAUCCGACAUCUGAUGCGCUCUUGCUACCUACUUCUCUGCCCGUGAGAAUCAUCUCUCAGAAACCCCCAACCUUCACCACACUUGUAAUAAACCGUGUUUGCCCGCCUCCUCGCCUUCUGGAUCCGGUCGGCAAUCUCACACAGCUCGCUCAUCAUCGCUUACGGUAGCCUCUUAAGCCCUGUUCGAACGACGCCCCGGAUCUUCAAUUCCCCUAACUGGAUGCAAGUUUCUCGUUAGUCAAACCGACUACCGCGCUACUGUGCCAUUACCAUGGUCCACGAGUUCCAUCGUGAGCCGUACCCCCGGCAAUGGCAUUCAGAGCGGUUUACCAUCGACCCUCCGCCCCCCGAGGAUGGCCGAUACCACGAAUCCCGUGACGCCCGUAGACCUCCGAUUGAUAUUGAGAAGGCGCUGCGUGAUCAUUGCAACAUCCCAGCUAAGAAGUUCUUCAUGGUAGCUGUGCUGGAUGACGGGUCCACGGAGGUGUUUGGCAACACGGGGGAGAGACAUCAACCCAACGGUUACAGCAAGUUUUUCAGCUUGAAAAACUUUGUCCGCCAUGUCAAUCACGUCAGUGGUUCACGGCCAGUUGCUACUCCCCUACAUGACGAAUCCGAGUUCAGUCUCGAAGGCGACAGUUACCGACAGUCACUUGGCGGCUAUGGGCACCGGACGCAAGAUCGUCGCCGACUUGGAGGCGACGUUUUCGACGAGGACAACAGCUACAAAACACGCAAGAGACACCGAGCUGGAAUAGGGGCUGGUUAUCGGAGAGCCGCCAACGAUGACGACGAUGUCGCGAUUGUGGUUACGUCAAAUACGAAGAAGACGCUCAAGGUUGGCGAUCAUAAGGAGGUGUGGAAUCUGUACGAACAACGAUUCAAAAACUGUCAGCAAACGGCCUGCAAGCUCAUCGCCAAGGCUUGGGUCAAGGUUGUCGAGCCUAAAAAGCAGACGAAUCACCCGUACACUGGCCAGGAUGAGAAAGCUCCGGACUGGUGGCCGAAGCCAUGGGGCCCAACAAAGGAAGAGAAAGUCAGGCACAAGGAGCCUGAUCAUCUCUACAAGCGAGAGCGAGUUCAUCUAUUGUGCCACAUCCUUCGAAUGAUUGUAGAGCCACCCGAGAAUCAGCACCCAGCCAUCCGCAAAAUGAACCUGAACGUCCAAAAGCUAGAAGACGCCACCACAGAGGCCAUGUCGGCUUUCUUCUCGGACAAGGAGAACAAGCUGAACGCGAAGAAGAAGCCAUACCUUGACGAAAUUUUCAAGGUGGCCAAGGCGGAGGAGAGAUACAAGAACGGCGAAAUUGACGCCGAUACGCAGGUUUUCGUAAUGUCUGAGGACAAGUUUCCCGAGAACUACCCGUCUGACAACGAGGACAAUGGUUUCGUCAAAGAGGAAGAUGAGCACCCCUCCAUCACGUCGAGUGUGUCGCCAUCGAAGACGGGAGCGCCGCACGACCUCCUGCACACGUCCAGCAGCGAUCACAGUCCGGCGGGGCAUCUACACGGAAGCGCUUACAUGAGCGAGAUGCCGAUGCGUAACCAGCAGUACUCGGCGCAGAUGCUACCCUCGACCAUACCAUCCGAUCACCAUUUUGUGGAGAGCAACAACAUCCACCCGCCCAGCAUGCCGCUUCAAGAUCUGGUACCGGCAUCUCAUGAUCCUCAUCGACGACCUUCCAUGUACACGUCUCCCACGGAAUAUUCCAACGCUACCUCCGCAGGAAUGUAUACACAGCCGUGGCAAGGAGGAACAGCUGCUCCUGGUGGCAACUCGGUCUACUCCUUCACCCCACAACAGCCGGGGCCGUCACAAGGACAUUUUGCCAACCCCAGCGUGCCAAUGGCCCAAAACCAGUACAUACCGUAUGACAACAUGUCGCGCGGUGGUUUCGACUCGGUGUUUAGGCCCGUGAGCGCCAGCCAGACGCCCGUGCCGAACUCUCAGAAUUUUUCAGCCUACCUGCCUACCGAUGCACGAGGAAUUUCUGGCCCAGGAGGAAAACCCGAGCCGCUUGCACGAGGGCAGAUGCAUUGAAUGAAGCGAUCCUAGGACCCGACGACGUCUUUUCCCCCCGUACGCCUAUCGCCAGGAGUUGGUAAUAACCACACGGCUCCGAGGAUGGAACCCUACACGGUUUCGUUGCCAAUGCUUCCUACCACAUCCCGGGGCUAUUGCAACCGGGGACAUCAGAAUGAAGGAUAAAGACAUGGUGCGGCUAGGUGGUUUUGUGUGUGUGUGUGUGUGUGUGUAUGAGUCGCCGGGGCCUUGCACCCGCCUGACGACCGGCAUGUCUGUUUUUGAAUCAUUAUCUGCGGGUCAAAAAGCAAUACUUGACAUCGAAAGCAUAUCGGAGCGCAUCAGCCAGCGACAGCAGUUUCAGGGUCAUCGAGAUUGGAGCAAUUCGAACGGCGGUCACUUGUGAUUUCAACGACAACAGCUCGGGCGGAAGGAUCUGUUGCCUGCCGAGCGGAGUUCCUGUUUUCAAGGAGGUCGAAACAUGGUGUUAUCAAUCUGCAGGGUGGUUCCCCAACCUUUAUCACGAACAACAUGCUCUUCUUUGUCUCUUCCAAUUUCUGGCUUACCCCGAGCAUCAGCAAACAUGGAUUGCUCCAUUCGGAGGGGGGUUGCGGCCAAUGCUAUAGGACGGACGAACGUUUCCCCUUUUUAAAACGGAUUGCGACAUUAAUGGCUUUGGCUGGUUUGUCCCUUUUCCAAACUCCAUACCAGUGGAGGCGAGGCGCUUGGACUGCAAGAUGGACGGGGAGGAGGCGGAGGAGUUGAGCAAUAGGAGGCAUCGUUGAAGGAAGACGAGGUUCCAGAAAAAGAGGGGUUGGGAAGAGAAGGGAAAGAAGAGAUGUUUGAUAUGAUUUGAUGACGGAGUUUUGUUUUGUAUGUGACUGGAAGCCUUCCGGGGACUAAUUUGUCUU